GGGCCGCGGCGCUGACGUCAGCGGGCGGAGUAUUAUGGUCUGGGCUGCGCUGGCGGCUGCCUGUGUGCUGCGAGCGGCCGCGUAAACAUGGAGCUCUCGGCCGUCGGGGAGCGCGUCUUCGCGGCCGAGGCCCUGCUCAAGCGCCGCAUCCGCAAAGGGCGCAUGGAAUAUCUCGUAAAAUGGAAGGGCUGGUCUCAGAAGUACAGCACUUGGGAGCCCGAGGAAAACAUCCUGGAUGCCCGGCUGCUCGCAGCCUUUGAGGAAAGCUUUGGUUUUUUUAACACCUCUAGGGAGCGAGAAAUGGAGCUAUAUGGGCCCAAAAAGCGAGGCCCCAAGCCCAAAACCUUCUUGCUAAAGGCCCAGGCAAAAGCAAAAGCCAAAACCUAUGAAUUCCGCAGUGACUCUUCCAGGGGGAUCCGGGUGCCGUAUCCUGGCAGGUCUCCCCAGGAGCUGGGCUCCACGUCCCGGGCUAGGGAAGGACUGAGAAACAUAGCCCUGGCUCCCCAGGGCAGCUCCAGUACCAGCACCCCCAAGGGAGACAGCAUCCGAGACCGGGUGAUCCGCGUGGAGGAGAAACCUGGAGAGACACCCAAAAAGAGAGGCCCGAAGCCCAGGAAGGAGCUUUACAAGGACCUGGCGGAGUCUCUGGAUGCCUCCAAGAGGAAACUGGGGGACCCGGGGGACAAGGUGGGAGACUACCUGAAGGCCAGGAAGAUGGAGGAGGCAGCAGUGGGAGCAGCCAAGUUCGGCUCGGGACACAGCGUCAUCCAGCUGGCCAGGCGGCAGGACCCCGACCUCCCCAGCGCCCUGCCCGGCCCCAACCGAGCCGAGGUGGGUGCCAAGCUGGGAGCCGCUGAGACCUACCCUCCGCGGCUGGCCAAGCACCGGGCAGACUUUCUGGACCCCAAGGGGCAAGGGGGGCUGGACCCCGGCGGGCCCAAGCUCCUGCACAGCACAGUGAGCCCGGGCACCGUGGGCAGCCUGUACCGCGACAGCGUGGGGGGCCAGGCAGGGCGGCCCUCCCUCAUCGCCAGGAUCCCCGUCUCCAGGAUCCUGGGGGACCCUGAGGAGGAGUCCUGGAGCCCCUCUCUCAACAACCUGGAGAAGGUGGUGGUAACUGAUGUGACCUCUAACUUUUUGACCGUCACCAUCAAGGAGAGCAGCACGGACCAAGGAUUCUUUAAAGAGAAGCGAUGAGUUUGUCGGAGGUGGUGCUGGGGUUUUCUUCGGUCAGAUCCAGACAAAAGCUUGGUUAGAGCUUGGUGGGCCUUUUUUUUUUUCCUUUUUUUCUUUUUUUUUUCCUUUUUUUUUUUUUUCCGGAGAGGAUUUAGAAACUGUCCUAAAUUCAUUAACUUUUUUUUUUUCCCACGUCUUACAUUUCGUUGGAAAGAUUAUCUCUAGAGUUAUAUUUUCUAUUAGAUGUAAAUAUGUUAUUUAAGAAAAAAUGCUUAUAUAUCUAUAUAUAUAUAUUUCAACUCUGAGUUGUUUUAUUUAAAUGGAGACAACAGUGACUGCUCAGUUGCUCUUAGAAAGGACAAUAAAACUGAGAACUAACGGA